CACCUUUUGCGCAGGCUCUGCCUUUUUGUACUUCUUCAUCCAUCUCAGUCACCCUUCCCAAGAACCACACUCCUCACACUUUCUGAUCAGUAUACACGAACAAUGCGGCGCACGAUCCUCAUAGCCAGUUUCUUCUCGUCACUCACCCUAUCCGCCGCCAUCUCUCCAUUCAACCUCUUCCGCGACCUCCAAACCCAAGAUCAUCAGGUCCAAGUCUCACCACAACAACAACAAAUCCCAAUGAACCCAGGGCCCUUUCAGCCGCCCGAGGAUCCUCCCUCCACAGGCGACAGUGGCGACCCGAGCGACUCUACGCUAUCCAUCUCCGACAUCCUCCCUCAAACCCGCAAGAUCAACAUCUUUGCCUCCCUCACCCGCGACAUCUCCUCAGUGACGGGACGGCUGGAGUCGACCAAACCUUCGGACAACACGACCCUCCUCGCCCCGCUCAACAGCGCCAUGCAGGCCUUGCCGCGGAAACCGUGGGAGGACCGACCCGGCGACGACUCCGGCGUCAGCGCAGCCCGGAACGAGGACAAGGCCGCUCAGAACCUGGCGCGGUUCGUGGAAGAGCACGUCGUGCCGACGAGCCCGUGGAAGGAGGGCCAUGCCAACAAGAUCAAGACCCUGGGCGGGCAGGAAUUGUGGUGGGAGCAACAAGACGGUCAUAAGGUCAUCAUGCCCGGACGUCUCGAGGUCGACGGUGUCGUCGGACGGGUAGGCAACGGUGAGAUUUGGGCCGUCAAGGGCGUUGUCAAUUAUGCUUGAGACGAGACAAGACAAGAACCCCCGACGAAGGUAUAUGUACUAUGUACAAUGUGACGAGAUGUGAUGAUUGAAAUGAAUUGGAACCGGGGACCAGAAAGAAUGGAGGCUAUAUGAUGACUAGGACAAGGAUUAUGAAUUGAACUUUUUCGUGCUUCUAUGUACAAAUUUAAAAGAUUAACUACUCCAAAACAUAACCUUCCACUUCAAA